AUAACAGUCGGACUCGGGUUCGGAAGCACUCACCGUAGUGACGAGCAUGUGAGCAUAUAUUGAUUUUCUGCCCGCUUGGGAUGCUGCCGAAAUAAACUUUGCAAUUGGACUGGCCUCAGUCUCUUUCCGAACGCGAGUGCUGAAAACUGAAAGCGGAAAAGUGAAAAAUGACAUAGAGAGGAAAAUAGAAGGGUCUGGCCGCGGAAUAAAAUUCAUAAAAUUAUACAUACCGUCGUUGUGUAGCCGCAGCGAUUUGCGAAACAUUCGGAUUGUGUGCUUCCAUUUGUUGUUGGCUCGCACGAGAAAGCUGCGAGAUUGGUCUAAAUUUAGCCACCGGUGUGUUAUUGUAGGGUGCUCAAUAGGAUAUAGGAGGAGCUCCCAGUGAACUCCCAACCCCGCUGAAACCCCUUGUGCCCCGCCGGACGCAGUGUUUACCUAUAAACCCACUUAGCCAAGAUGCCCGCCUCCAACACGAUUGUUCUGAAGAGCCUCUCCGUGCUCUUGGGCCUGUUCUUCAUUUUCGUUGGCACCCUCAAGCUCACGCCGCACAUCAGCAAGGAUCUCUACAAGGACCUGCGCACAGAGUACGUGAAGUAUGCCAAAGUAUUCCCGCUCACGGCCCUCUUCGGAUUGAAAGUACCCUCGAAAUGGUAUCGACGCACAGUUGGUAUCCUGGAGAUCGUUUGCGGCCUGGCCAUGGCUCUGAUUCCCUAUCACAAGGUCAAGAAUGCGGCCAACAUAACGCUGCUGGUGCUGAUGCUGCUGGGGAUCUAUCAGCACUGGAUGGUUAGCGAUCCCUUUGAGCGUUCCGGACCGGCGCUGGUGUUCACCUUUAUGUUGGGAGGGCGACUGGUGGUCUGGUACCAGACCGCCCGCCUUCAGGACGAGAUGACGACGGCCACUCAGCCGCCAGCGAAUGGCGUCAAGCAGGAUUAGACGCCGAUGCUCCCAUCAAAUACUCAUACUCUUAGUCAUUCACUGAUCCAGCUUUGUUUUAGCACCUUAAGUUGGGUUCGACAACGAUCGGGGCACAAUCUGCGUUCAUUCAGUUCCCCACUACCAUCAUUCACAUCAUUAUAUUCAAAUCGAAAUUCGUGUUUUCACUUUGGUGCCAAAAGUUAUCGUAUACAAAACCAUAAUAUUGUAUGUAAUGGCGAAGAAUAUUAACUAAAUACUGUAGAGCUACGGCAUAAAGACAAUGACCAGAACAAAAGAAAUGUAAUCAAAUCCUUUUUGUAACGGGCACUAGUCGGAACCAUCUAAAUUGCGACUUUUAGAAACAAUUUUAAUAAAUUUGAACAACUCAUACUUAUUUAAAUUAA